AUGGCGCUCCAACCCUCCGAAAAAGACACGGACUCGUGGAAUCCGGCAUUACUGCCCGAGGGCAGUCAAGGCACUUAUCCGAACGCCUCGUCCAAGGGUGGCUUAGCCAUCGCGCACGAUUCGAAAGAGACGGCCCUGACCGACGCGAAAUCGCCACAAAGCGACGAAGACUUUUCUGCCUGGGAUAUGUCGGAUGAGCUAGGCACCGCGCAGCCGCAAUACACAAGCAUGGACGGACUGGUGAACAACACCUCACCAGGGGUGGACGUGGCCCCAUCUUUGGAUACUCCUCCCAUCGAAACACAGGGAGCAGAUAGCGCAACCGCCAUUGCAACUGAACCAGAACCUGUUUCCGAAACAGCUUUGGUGAGGGAAGCAACUCCUUCAACAGAUAAGCAGACUGCCGAGCCUGUCCCCGAAUCGGUACCUGCGGAAAGUAAUGGCAUCAAUGAAGAGACUUCCAUGGAGCAAACAGCCUUACGAAACGAAGCGCAAAAUGCGGACCCAGAGGAUUCAUCGAGAUUGAUGGAGGAGGAAAUUAGCAAUGCACUGCUCAGUGCAGAGGAGGCCGCUCCUACUACUGAAAUCCCGCUUGCGGGUUCUGAGCCUGCGAUCGCCGCCCAAGUCGAAGACAGCCAUGAAUCGACCUUAGUUGCGGAACAUGUGAUCCGAAAACACGAACCGACCGUGGUUCCCGAGUCCACAUCCGAUGCGAACAUCGAUGUACUGCCGACCACCGAGGACGUCCCAUUGUCCGAGAAUGCGCAAAACCACAGUCAAUUCGAGACUGUUGAUUACAAACAGGGUGUGGCUCCCGAAAUCACAUAUGAGACCAGUAACGGUGUAUUGUCGGCCGCCGAGAACGUGCCGUUGUCCGAGGAUACGCAAACUAGCAUUCAAUCCGAGACUGUCGACCACGAGCAGACUGUGGUUCCUCAGCCCGCAUUUGAGGCGAGUAACGACGUCUUGCCGAUCGCUGAGGACCUGCCAUUGUCAGAGAAUGUACAAACCGACAUUCAACCCCAGACUGUCGACCACCCAACUUCAGCUCCGAAUGACAUCCAUUUAGCUCAGCAGGCAGCCAACCCAGAAACUCCCACUGAUACUCAAAGCCCGUGGGCUCAGGAAAUGAGCCGCGAUGUUGAUUCAGAGGACGAUGGUUUCUUUAGCCAACUCAACACUCAGACAAAGCCAAUCUUCUCUCCACCGCAGGCAGAGUCCAGGUUCGAGGAAGGCCUUCCGCUAUUGGAUCAAUCACCGGAUUUGCCAGAACCUCUGCAGGUAGAUAAAUCAAUUGCGGACGUGUUUUCUAAUGAUGGCGACGGAGAGGAUUUUUUCGGUAAUCUGGGGUCUCAAGAAACCCCCCAAAAGUCCCUGGACGAAAAGCCUCAUGAAAGUCUCUAUGACAAUCUCCAAGAAAAGCUUCAAGAGAACCCACAGCAGGAGCUUCAAGAUACUCUUCGACGAACGCCUCAGGAAAGUCUCCUAGGAAGCCUUAUGGAAAACUCCCAGGAACCCUACCAGGACAACUCGCAUCUUCACAGGAAGAGUACGCCCCAGGUGCUAGUGUCAGUGGGAUUCGAUAUUGACUCUCCAGCCAGCGAUGCCUCAGCAGCGGCGCAGUUUGAUGACAUUCUUAAGGCUACGUCGUCCGAACCGGCAGCUCCUGCCGAACCUUCGGAGGAAGAGUUAGCCGCCAGGUGGGAGGCCGAGUUGGGUGACGAACCAGAUGAUGAUCUGGCAGCUCGUUGGGAAGCGGCAUUGGAUGAUGACGAUAUCUUGCUCGAGAACGAUUCUAUCCCGCCUGUCUCUGAAGCACCCUUUGAACAACCCUCAGUUCAACAGGUCAGCAAUGGAGUUCCGGUCGGGCUGAACAGCCCUUUCCAGACCCCUCAUGCAUACUCUCAACCCAGACCUGUGCCUGGCGUAUAUACACCUCACCAACCGUCUACAGCGGAUCUUUUGCAAGGUAUGCCUGGGACUGCACCACCAACCAGUGCAGCUAUGCCGUCAUACUUUUCGCAGCAGCCCCAGAAUCCAGUGACAACCAGAGGAGAAAGUUUUGCUGAACGACCAAAGGAGGGUUACAAGUCUCCCUACGACCUCCCAGAAGACAUCUCUCGACCUCGAAAGCCACCUGUCACUCAUCGGCCUGUUCCUCCAACCGUCACCAGCAUGCCUCCGCCUCCUCCACCAGCUGCUCCUGGCAUGAACAUGCCAGCUUCAACCACUUUCUCGCCUCCAAUCGCUCCGCCCGCCGCUACGGCUCCUCCCCCGGCCCCGAAGAAUUUCUAUGAGGAGCUUCCAUUGGCACCACCGAGGUCUCGGCCUGCCAGCUCUGGAAGGUAUACUCCUAAUCCACAGGUGGUUCCAAGUAAUGGACCAUCUCUACCGCCGCCGCAGGCCCAAUAUGCUCCUUCUGCACCCACGGUUCCACAGCCUGUGCCCAUCGCUGCCCCAAUGCAAGCUUCAUUGCAACCUCUCGAACAGCUGGAUCCCUAUGCCAGCUUGGCCUCCAGUGCUCCUGCCGGUCCUCCUGCUACGUCGCGCUAUUCGCCUCAGCCGCCUGGCCUGCAAGCACCAGCGAAACCCCCCUCGCUGCCGCGAUACUCCCCUGCACCCCCUCCCACCUCUUUGGCUCGUAAUCGUUAUGCCUCUCAGCCAUUGAAUGUUCCUGGGCAUAGUCUGCCCUUCCAGCCACGAACUUCAAGCCCACUCGCACAUCAUGAGAAGGUAUCAUACGUUCCCGACCCAUCACAGAAGCCCCCAUCAUUGGAGCCCGCGAUCAACCUUUCGCCGCCAUGGCCUGAAAGUUCUGGGUUUGGGAAUGUGCCUCCCAGUAUUCCACAGUAUAUGAACGGACCUGCCGGGGCAGUUCGCAGGGAAAGCGCUGGCUCACCUGUUCAGGCGUCUUCCCCGCAAAGUCGCUAUGCCCCUCAGGACCCCCCCCCGAACUAUGCACCUGCUCCCCCGAUGGCCAUGCAGACCUCUCCGCCACCUAGUGAAUUCCAGCCUGGCCCUCUCCAUAGGUCUCAGACGCAAUCGCCAGGCCGUGGUAUGGUCAGCCCACGUUCCUCCGUACAAAAUAUCGAAACCGUGCAACGCCCUGCUUCUGUGCAUGGAUCUGGUUCACCAACCAAGACUGUGAAUCCAUAUGCUCCCGUUCAAGGACCUUCGCAAACCCGCGCCGUGACUCAGCACCUUGAGUUUAUUCCUCCGAUAGAUGGACAGGAACAGGAUCUUCUGGAGCGAUGGAAGGGAGCUCCUGUUUUCAAAUUUGGUUUCGGUGGAUCUAUGUUGUCUAGUUUCCCCAAGCACAUUCCCCGUUACUCUGCUGGCCAGGUGGCACCCAUGAUCAAACCAAGUCCCGGGGAAAUCAAGACCUCCCAGCUGAGCGAAUACCUUCCUUCUACCGAUACCAUUGUCCAGCACCCUGGUCCUUUGAAGACGAAAUCCAAGAAGAAAGAUCUCGUUGCUUGGCUUUCUAGCAAGAUUGCGGCCUUUGAAAACCUUGGUGUUCCGGCUCAUGAUCAAGUUCAUUCCGAUGCACACAAGCGUCACGAGGAACGGAUCCUGCUCUGGAAGGUUGUCAAGCUUCUGGUUGAGACCGACGGUAAUCUGGAAGGUUCCGCGGAGGUUCAAAAGUCUCUCCGCCACGCUAUUUUCCCUUAUUUGACUGCCCCUGAAGCAGGUGGGUCUAACGGCAAUGGCUUUGCAGAUUCAGCUGGCUUUUCGCCUAUGGAGCUUUCUUCGCAGCCCGAUGCUGUAGACUCUCAGUGCUUGGAAGAGCUUCGUUCUAACUUGAUUGAUGGUGACCGGGAAAAGGCCGUUUGGGGCGCAGUUGAUCGCCGUCUAUGGGGUCAUGCGAUGAUCAUUGCCUCCACCAUGGACAAGUCGAUCUGGAAACAGGUCACACAGGAGUUUAUCCGGCGGGAAGUCAGGUCCAAGGCCGGCAACACUGAAUCACUAGCAGCUCUGUACGAGAUUUUCGCUGGCAACAUUGAAGAGAGCAUUGACGAGCUGGUGCCUCCGUCCGCUAGGGCAGGCCUGCAGUUGAUCAACAAAGCUGAUGGCCAUGGCUCUACCAAGAAUGCACUGGAUGGUCUGGAUAAGUGGAAGGAUACUCUAGGAUUAGUGCUGAGCAACCGAAGCUCUGAAGACCAUCAGGCUCUCCUUGCCCUUGGUCGUCUGCUUACAUCUUAUGGACGCACGGAAGCUGCUCACGUUUGCUUCAUUUUCUCGCGAGCCGCGGUGUUCGGCGGACCGGAUGACCCCCAAGCAAACAUUGUUCUACUUGGUGCUGACCACAAGCGUUAUGCUUCAUCCCUCAUGGACGAAGACGCUAUCUUGCUGACUGAGGCAUACGAGUAUGCUACCUCCGUUCUUGGAAACUCUUCCCUGGGCGGUAUGCCACAUCUGUUGGCGUUCAAGACACUGAAUGCCAGAUGUCUCGUUGACCGGGGCCGCAACUCCGAGGCCCAGAGCUACUGUGAUGCAGUUACAGCAGCGCUGAAGGCAUCUACUAGGCCCUCGCCUUACCAUCAUAACCAUCUUUACGCUGAGGUGGAAGAGCUUUCCAUGCGCCUCCGUCAAACUACAAGUGACAAUGGUUCCUGGAUCUCUCGACCCAGCAUGGAAAAGGUAUCUGGUUCUAUGUGGGCACGUUUCAAUAGCUUUGUUGCGGGUGAUGAAAGUGAUGCUGCCUCUAAUGGAUCUGGGAAGGCCGGCGAAGCAACGGACUUCGGGCCGUUCGCCAACGUGGCCGGAACACCUACUAUCAGCCGCUCCCCAUCUGUGUCUGACACCUAUGGCUCGUACCCCGGAGCAGGCGCUCAGCCUAUUCCCACGAGUGGUGGCUCGAGGUACCACCCGUCCAGUCAGAGUCAAUAUGCUCCCAACGCGUCGCCGGAGCAAUCUAAGGGCCGGUCCUCGAUGGAUUCUCAGCGAUCGAACCCCUAUUUCCCGCCUGCGGGACGUCGCACCUCGCAAGAGUUCUCGCCAUCGCUUGAUUCCCAGAUGUCUCAAGGGCCUGUAUAUGGAUCCCCCAACACGUCUGGAUAUCAGCCGACCCCACCUCAGUCGUCUUACGUUCCUCUUGCCCCGGUGGAGGAAGCUUUGUCCCCUGCUGAGGCUGUACCAGCCACGCAACCCGUAGUCAAUGGCCUGUUCUAUCAGCCUCCGGGUCAAGCAGGUGGUUCGGCCAGCGAAUCCCCUUACUACCAAGGGCCUCCUGGUAUGCCUGAUUCGGAGUCACCUUACGUACCGCCAGUUUCAGCCUCAUCCUAUGAGCCCAUGGUUGGUCCCAUGGACACGAGCUCCGGCCAAGAGAUGGACCAGAUGGCCCCCGAAGAGCAGCCAAAGAAGAAGGCCUUCAUGGAUGAUGACGAUGACGAUGAUCUCGCUGCGCGGGCAGCAGCUAUGCAGAAGGCAGAGAAUGAUCGCAAGGCAAACGAAGCUUUCCAGAAGGCAGCAGAGGAAGAUGCUAAACGAGAUGUCCAACAGUCCGGCAAGAAGGGCUGGUUUGGCGGCUGGUUUGGUGGCGGCAAAAAAGAGGAAGCACAAACCGGUGGUGGUCCUAUCAGGGCUAAACUUGGCGAGGAAAGCUCCUUCUACUACGACCAGAACCUGAAAAAAUGGGUCAACAAGAAAGACCCUAACAGCGCUGCUCCAGUUCGUGCCACACCCCCUCCUCCUCGAGGCUCGGCCCCUCCUAGUCGGACCGCGAGCUCGGGAAGUAUGCCGCCAAACGGCGCUCCUCCGAUGGCGUCCGGCAGCAGACCCCCCUCUUCCUCGAGUGCCGCCCCGCCACCGUUCUCUUCAAGCCCAGGUAUCUCUGGACUUGCACCCCCUCCCCUACCUCGUUCUGUGUCUACUGGAGCGGCUAUGCCAACGCCGCCUGGUAGUUCCAGUGGACCACCUCCACGACCUUCAUCUUCCCUGACUCAUGCCAGUUCGAUCGAUGAUCUGCUCGGUGCUCCCGCAGCACGCAAGGGCAACACAGUCCGCGGCAAGAAGAAGGGUCGCUAUGUCGACGUUAUGGCCCAAUAA